AUGACUAAAAAAGAUACAAUUGCGUAUCUCAUGGUUAAUGGUUCAUCAAUAAACACGCAAGUAUCAGUCCACAACCAAUAUGAUAUCCAAGAUCCUUUGCCAACAGGAACAAAAUUCGAAUACAUCGUAGAUCACAGCAUAAGGCUUAUGAACACUAACAUCUGCAUCGUGGCAAAUGAAAACAAUCAAAUUAUGGCAGAAAAUUGUACCGAAAAAACAUCAAGAUGGAUACUGGAUUUAAUUAACUACCAAUGGAUUUCUCUAGAAACAGGCCUGUGCAUCACCUUACAUGAUGAAGAAGAAGGACGAGUUAGAUUGGCAACACUAAAAACGUGCAGUAGACAGGGAACAAUUGGUGAAAAUCAACAAUGGGUUAUCGAAAUCCUAACAACAAACCCGGAUGUGUUGGACAAUUUCCCAGAUGCAGCCAUUGACGAAUUCGAAGAAAUCCAGUUGGAACAGAGGACAUCAGUAACAACGAACGUCAGUUCGCCAAUUUUCGGAGGAUUAUUGAAGCGGAACCAUGGGAGAGGAAACAUCAUAUGGGACAUGAUAGGAUGGGGACUAAUGAAACAUGGUAAGUCACCCGAUGAAAAAUGUUUAACACACAAUGGCGUUAACAAACCAAUAACACUAGAAGCAUGCGAUCCUAACUGGAUCAAAUGUCAAACAAGCCUACAAAAAUUAUUAACAAGUAAUGACCCCUUGGUGCAAUCACAAACAACCGUGGCUAACUGUAGCGAAGCAUCUAGCAAGGGCCAAGCCUUCGAAUAUUCCUCCGACUUCACGAUAAGACCAUUUAACACAAACAACUGCAUUAAAGCGAACACAACGAUGCUCAUCCUGCACGAAUGUUCAGAUAAAAGUUCCAUCUGGGGAACAUUCGAUCACACAGGACAAUUAAUGGCAAGUGAUAGAACAGGACUUCAUUCAGGCGCUUCGGACCGGAAAUGCCUAACAAGACGGGUCGACAAAUUAUCGUUGGGACAUUGUCAUGGAACAAGCCAAAAACAACAUUUUAGCUUCGAGUACCGGAAUCCACAUCAACCUAGAACAUUGACGGCAGCAGCAAUAAUAUCUCUACAUACGCAACACGCCUUAUUUGGAAAAAAUCUACCAAUCUUGCCACCAUUAAACCAUCGUGAUCCAAAGGAGAUUAACUAUAAAACAAACGCAACGGAAGGAAUAACUAAAAAUUUGACCAUAACGACAAAGUCAGCAACAUCCAUGACUGCUACAACAGAUAAAUCAGUCAUACCUUCCAUUGCAGCCAAGGUAACAACAAGUGCGAAGACAGAAACAACAACAACAACGAUUAGGCCGACUACAACCACAACAAAACCGACAACAACCUUCAGAACAACAACAACAAAAUCAACUACUACCACAAAAAAGCCGACAACAACCACAAAAAAUCCGACCACAACCACACAAAAACCGACCACAACCACACAAAAACCAACCACUACCACACAAAAACCGACCACCAUCAUUCAAAAGCCAAAUACUACCACACUAAAAACAACCACUACCACACAAAUACCAGCCUCUACACCCAAAUCAACUACAACAUCAAAAUCUACGACAAUAUCAACAGAAGCAGAGAAAUUACCAACAAUAACAUCAACAACCGCAUCAACAACAUUAACUAGUACAUCACUCAAAACGACUAUCACGACACAGUCAUCUACAACUACAGAAAAAGUUUUCACAGAAACCACAACGACUGACACAAUAAAACCAAAAUCUAACCAAGCUGAAAUUAUUUCGUCCACCGAGCCAACUAUAAGCCUAAAAUAUCUUACACCAAGUCAAAUAAGAGAACAGCCAAGCGAAACAACAACCACUGAAAUAACAAAAUCAAGGGAUAACGAAGAAGAAGAUAUAGAAAAAAUUGAGAGACAACACAAUACAACCCGAGAUAAGUCAGAAUUUCAAGACAAAAUUUCAAAUGAUCAAUUAAAGGCUUCAACACAACAAAAAGAAAAUACAGCACACGAACUUGUAGUAGAUGACUAUCGACCGCUAAAUGACGCUAAUACAAGUAACGGUCUACCAAAAUCCACUGAGGAGCUAAGUGACUUGAUAAAAUACGAGCUUGGAAAAAUGCACGAGCAAUACAAAAUCAGUAUUGAAACUGAACACGACAAUAAAUUGGCAAAAGAAAUUCGGGAUGUUUACUGCCAGUUAUCAAAGAUAAAACGAACGCAAGCCAUAAUCUUAGCCCAAACAAAUGGAUUGCUUGCAGCCGCCGCACUCGGACUUCCAAUGUGUACAAGGAUAUAUGGUUUUGGUCAAGCCAUGACAUUGCAACAAUGCGACCCAAAAAGGAUAUCACUAUCAGCAAAAGAGACCAAGUGUGGGUUCCAGCCAUUUUUUGUUUACGGAAAAAACAACUGUACGAUCGGACUCGACGGAUGGCCUAUUCAUCCGUAUUCGGAGUGCUUUUGGAAAUCCCAAUUGAUAAACAUCAACGGAUAUCCUCAUACGUGGCAACAUAACGCAACAGCAGGAGACUGGAUUAAACAAGAGGCGACCAUACAUACUUCAAAUCUGGAUUUAAUUGCAGAAUUCGAAGAACUGCACUUAAACAGUUUCGACUAUGGAUUAAGGAACCAUCCAGCUCAUGGAACCAUGGAAAUGGAACAGCUAAACAUCUUAAAUGACCUGGUGGGACGAGUUAAUGAAGGAGAAGGCAAAGAGUUACCUGACAUCCUAGUAACAGAAGAGCAGGACAAUCAAAUCGGACACAUGUUUUCCUGGUUUGACACAUUAAAAAUUAUGGCUCUCUCAGCGAUAGGAUUCAUCCUAUUUCUCAUCUGUCUAAGAAUUUUUAUUGCCUGUAAUCCUAUUCCACGGAUUAAGGAAAGCUUCAGACGACGCAAGCAAUCACGUAACGUGAGCGAAAGUGAUGGUCAAGAAAUGGAUUCAAUGAUACCAGAACCCAUCUACAGCGAUGGAGGAGCAAAUGAAAAACCGUUCAUUAGGGAAUUUGCACCUUUAAUGACGUCAGCGACAGAAACACCAAAAGAAACCCUUACGUUGAUAAACACACCGAGUGCACCAAAGAAAGGAAAAUUGUAUCCUAUCGAAGAAUUAAAAUGGGAAAACGAGCAAAACAAGGAAUGUACGGGAAGUCACACGACCUGCAGCUAUGUCGUUGGCUACGGAAUGGUGUGGGAGGAUCUAUGCAGAUGUACUCCAGAAGACCAUUUAAAACGCACAAUUAACAAAUAACGAUU